GGGGCGGAGCUCGGCGGCCCCGCAGCCCCCCCCGUGCAUCGCGGAGCCGGCGGGGCGGCGGGCAGCGCUAUGCGGGCUGCCGCCUGCCUCCUCUGCCUGGCGCUCUGCGCCCUGCCCGCGGCCCCAGGAGGCGCCCGGCGGGGCGACAGCGGCUUCUCGGAGCGACAGAGCAUCAGGCCCCUGCGGCUGCUCGGCGGCGAGGGCGGCGGCGGGGCGCGGCGGCCGGUCCUCAGCACGCGGGUGCGGAGCGGCGCUCUGCGGACACAGUCUACCCACAUUGCUCGAGCCAGCUUCCAAGUCGAUGCUUUUGGAUCAUCAUUCAUCCUAGAUGUGAUGCUAAACCAUGACCUGCUGUCUUCUGAAUAUAUUGAGAGGCAUAUCGAGCCAGGUGGGAAGACAGUGGAAGUUAAAGGAGGAGAACAUUGCUAUUAUCAGGGAGAAAUUCGAGGAAAUCCUGUAUCAUUUGUUGCCUUGUCAACAUGCCACGGAUUACAUGGGAUGUUCUAUGAUGGAAAUCAUACUUACCUUAUUGAGCCGGAUGAAAACUACACUUCAGAUGAUGACUUCCAUUUCCACUCUGUUUACAAAUCCAAGUUGUUUGAGUUUCCUUCGGAUGACCUGCCAUCUGAGUUCUGGCAAAUGAACAAUACGUCGCAGAAGUUUGUUGUAAAGCCAAGACACAAAAGAAGUAAAAGGCAGGUUCGUCAUAUUCCACGUAAAGUUGAAGAGGAAACGAAAUAUAUUGAGUUAAUGAUUGUAAAUGAUCAUCUAAUGUGUAAAAAGCACCGCUUAUCAGUUGGCCAUACAAACAGCUAUGCUAAAUCGGUUGUGAACAUGGCAGAUUUAAUAUAUAAAGAACAACUUAACACCAGGAUAGUACUGGUUGCCAUGGAAACCUGGGCUACUGAUAACAAGUUCACCAUAUCUGAAAACCCCUUGGUGACCCUACGUGAGUUUAUGAAAUAUAGGAGGGAUUUUAUCAGAGAGAAAAGUGACGCAGUUCACCUUUUUUCGGGCAGUCGAUUUCAGAGCAGUCGGAGUGGUAUAGCCCAUACUGGUGGAAUCUGCUCCUUGCUUAAAGGUGGAGGUGUGAAUGAGUUUGGAAAGCCCAACUUAAUGGCAGUCACCCUGGCACAAACCUUAGCCCAAAACAUUGGCAUUUUCUCAGACAGAAGAAAACUUAUAAGCGGUGAGUGUAAAUGUGAGGACACAUGGUCUGGCUGCAUAAUGGGAGACACGGGAUAUUAUCUUCCGAGCAAGUUCUCGAAGUGUGAUAUUGAAGAAUAUCAUGAAUUUUUAAGCAAUGGAGGUGGAGCCUGCCUUUUCAAUAAACCAACCAAACUUCUGGAUCCUCCAGAAUGUGGCAAUGGUUUUGUGGAAGAAGGAGAAGAAUGUGACUGUGGGACAAUAGCGGAGUGUGCCAGUGAAGGAGGAGAGUGCUGCAGUACUUGCACCCUGACGCCAGGCUCCCAGUGCAGCAACGGGCUUUGCUGUCGGAAGUGCCGGUUUGAACCUAAAGGAGUUCUGUGCCGAGAAGCAGUGAAUGAUUGUGAUAUUGCAGAGAACUGCACAGGAAAUUCCAGUCAGUGUGCUCCCAAUAUUCAUAAAAUGGAUGGAUAUUCAUGUGAUAACAAGCAGGGUAUUUGUUUUGGAGGAAGAUGUAAAACCAGAGAUCGGCAGUGUAAAUAUAUCUGGGGUGAAAAAGUUUCUGCUGCUGACAAGUACUGCUAUGAGAAGCUGAAUAUUGAAGGGACUGAGAAAGGAAACUGUGGAAGAGACAAGGACUCUUGGAUACAGUGCAAUAAACAGGAUGUGCUUUGUGGAUAUCUUCUGUGCUCCAACAUAUCCAGCGUGCCCAGACUGGGAGAGCUUGAUGGUGAAAUCACAUCGUCAAUCUUGCAGUUUGGAAAAGUCUACAAUUGCAGUGGUGGCCAUGUAAAGCUUGAUGAGGAGACGGACCUGGGCUAUGUGGAGAAUGGGACGCCUUGCGGGCCGAAUAUGGUGUGCCUUGAUCAUCGCUGCCUCCCCACCGAGGCCUUCAACUUCAGUACCUGCCCAGGCACCACAGACAGCCAAAUUUGUUCUGGACAUGGUGUUUGUAGCAAUGAAAUAAAGUGCGUCUGUGACCGAUUCUGGGGAGGAGAUGACUGCAGUUCACGCAUCAAGGAUGAUAUGUUUUUUGAUAAAGAUGCCAUCAACAAAGGUGUUGUUAGCACAAAUAUAAUAAUAGGGGCUAUUGCUGGCAUCAUUUUAGUUUUGGCUCUCAUCUUAGGAAUAACUGGUUGGGGUUACAAAAACUACAGAAGACAGAGGUCAAAUGGAUUAUCUCAUUCCUGGAGUGAAAGGAUCCCAGACACAAAACAUAUUUCAGACAUAUGUGAAAAUGGGAGGCCUAGGAGUAAUUCUUGGCAAGGUAAUAUAGGAGGAAACAGAAAGAAAGUCAGAGGCAAAAGAUUUAGGCCACGGUCUAAUUCAACUGACAGGGUAACCCAUGCAUCUGAGCCUGGGCUUUCCCUCGCCCACCAAAUCCCGGCCCAAGGCAUAAGCUCUGGGGGUUCUGACCACCCCCAAACAGGGAGUCGGGAUCACAGGAAGCCAGAUUGGGAGUGUUUCAUGGUUACCAAAAGACCCUUUCAAAUGAAAAAAAGCAAGUCAAAAGUACUGCAGUAUUUAAACCCAUGGUUCAAAAGAGAAUAUAAUGUAGCUAAGUGGGUAGAAGAUGUGAAUAAAAACACUGAAGGACCAUACUUUAGGACACUAUCUCCUGCAAAGUCUCCAUCUUCAUCCACUGGAUCUAUUGCUUCCAGCAGAAAAUACCCCUACCCAAUGCCACCACUUCCUGACGAGGAGAAAAAAGCCAACAGGCAAAGUGCCAGGCUUUGGGAGACGUCCAUUUAGCUGCACUGUUUUCCUGGAGUGACAUCAGAACUGUUUACUUUGAAUUUUAUAGAAACUCAGCAUCACUGAGUCAUUGAACAUUCAUCUGCUCUUCAGACAAUUCGAAAGAUCAACAGAGAUACCUGUGAUCACAGUGAGAACCUCCUCUCACCUGGAAGGGAAAAAAAGCAGUCUUCUUUCCUUUUGGUUGACUAGUAUUUUAUGGAUUUGAUGAACAACCAAAAUCGUAACAAUUAACAGGAGAUAAUUAGCCCGGAUGUGACAAGGCUGCCCCGCAUGAUGACAGACACACUUACCAAGAAUCCCAACUGCAGUCCGUUUGCCAUGUAAGAGGUUUUUCUCUGGUUUAAUGCAGUGCUGAGUCAGACCAGAGUGGAACUGGGAACACACCUCCUGGAGAGCCCAGCCGAUGUAAACGUGUACGCUGUAUGCAUGGACCUUGUGUUCUUUACUUUCCACGUGUAAGGGAUAAACAACAUACUGUAGUAGAAAUUAGCAUGCAGGAGUAAGAAAUAUAGGAUUUUUUUGUGACAGGAUUUCAAGCUUUGAAAGGCAACUAUUUGACACAAACAUCAAACAAACAAGGCUUAUAUCUUUUUUUUUACCUUAUGUGUUUAUAAUCUCAGUAUACAGAUUGUAUAUACGUCAAUGUUUGAUAAUGUCAAAAAUCGCUGUUACAUGUAAGUGUAUUUUGCAAGACACCUAAAGAAACGGUCAUGACUAACAUUAUCACAUUUCAAAUUUUUAAUAUUAUGAGCAGACAACUUCGGAAAUACAGAAAGUAUAGUACUGUAAAAUUGUGUCUCUCAGAAGGUGAUAUUUGACCAAAAUCCAUACUCUCUUUUCAGUAUGUUAUACUGUCUUGACAAUCUCAGUUGUGUGGUAGACUGCAGAAACCAGUACAGCAGCACUUUGUCUUAAGUCAUCGUAAGAGGAACCAGCCAAAAUGCAGUGUUCAGUGAGAUAACCAGUGUAUCCUCUCACAGCUGUAAUCAAGGAUGAUUCACCAGACAACAGAGACAGAGUCUCUAAAUAAUGUGCAGUCCAGGCAUACUGGACAUUUGCAAAUACUUCUAAGUAGACAGUUCAGGAUGUGGUGAUGUGAAGUCCUUCUGGUGAGAGCUGCUGUGUAUUUUUAACAGAGCAUUUCAGAUCACUGCACUCGAUACUAACAGUGCUGGGCAAGUGAACAGUUUCAUUGCUAUCUUUUAUUUGUUACUGGAAUCACCUUCAUGCACUCGAAUGCUGUGCUUGCUGCCCCUGAGGUCCCCUUGACAAUUUUUGGGGGCAUUAAACUAAGUGAUGUGAAACAUGUGAGUUUAGCCUAAAAAAACACAGUGUGGGGGGAAACAAUACCAUGGAGUUGUUAACCUUGUGUAGAAGUGGAUGGUUAGAUUUUUAACACCUGAGCAUUCUAAAGAUUGUUGUAAAACAAAUGUCUUUUGAUUAGGAAUUUUCAGUCUGUAAGAAAUCAGACCAUAUUAAAUCAGUUUGUAACUUUCCAGCUUUCCAAAAUUGACUAAUUAUUAGCUUAAGGUAGUAUCAUUGAAGAAUAAAACACCCGCUUCAGUGCGAUGCAGUUCAAUACUUUGCCCAACAGCCGUAUGAUCAAUUAGAUAUUAUUGUGAUGGGAACAUCUAUGGUGUUUCUGACUCUUCUACCUCUUUCACGUGUUUCCUUUAAUAAGUGAACUCAACACUUACAGCCUUUUAAUAUAUUUUUUUAACUUUUAAGUCUCUUGAUAAAGUCAUAUAUAUGUAAGAUUAAAUUAAGAAAAGUUUAAAGAUGUCAGCAGCUGUAAAGUAUGUAAGAUUUUUACAGACAUUAUAUUUUAUGAUUAGGCUGUGUGUUGGAUUAUGACAGAAUACUGGCCUUGGAGUUCAAAUGAUUUUCCUUCACAGUUGGCAGGUUUUGGUAAGUAUUUUGGAGAAAUACAAAUAUGAGAGAGUACAAGUGGAUGCAGACAGACCAUCUGGAAGGAGCCAGUCACUUGUAAUUGCUUUAGGAAAAGAUUCUGCACUUUUGUGAAGAGUAAAUAUCUGCCAGCACUGUAGAAUAUUUUUUGCAAACAUUUACUUUGAGUGUAGGUAACUGGAUUAAAGAUAGUUUAUAGCGUACAGCUUGUGAAAUUAGGGCCUGAGCUAUAAUUUCAUGAAAUCAAUGUCUUAUUGGCUUCACUGGACUUUGAACAGGACCCCCAAGUUCACCCACGUUAGGACAUUAUGCGAACCCAACAGCCGCUGUGUUACUCUAUUGCCUGGAAGCUGGUUUUCCCUCACAUAUUAGUAUCUUGUCUUUAGUAACUGGACUGUUCAUCAUGUGCCUUUUAUGGUAUUUUGUUUGGAUACAAACUGGCAUGUAAUUUUGAAUAAUCCUGUUACAUUUCUGUGCAUAUUUUAUGUUUACCAGUGUUUUCUCUUUCUAUUUUGCCUUAUCAAGAACCAGCAAGAUUUGGCAGACUGAACUGGGUAUAACAUACUGACUUUGUGUAAUGUUCAAAGCUUCUUGUUUUGCAAACAAAUGGCUCUCCUAACAGUAUUUUCAGUGUAGUGUGUACUUGCAGCUUCUCCCUUGUUUUGGUAUAAUUAAUUUGUAGCAUAUGAUAAUACAGUUAUAUGUGUAGUGUAACUUUUUACAGUCACUUUCACUUUUGGAGGUAUUUAGUGACUGAAGAGUCUAGUUACGAGCAUUAAGUUUUAGUUAAAUAAAUACUGACUUUCACUUGGAUGGUCUAGAGUGAAAACAUCACAGGACUUGGGUUUUUGCAAAGUUCUUCUGCAGAGAAUUUUGCAUCAGGUUGGUAACUUGAGACUUUGUCAUUGCAUUAAACCUGACCUGUCAGGGCUGUAGGAGCCUCCAAGGCCAGAGAGGUCAAAGAGAGAAAUGGUUUCCUUACAUUCUGUGGUUUCCUACUUCUAAAAUGUAGUGUGUUAGAAAGCUGCCAGAUUCAUAAUGGUGAAGAUUGCAAAUAUUUUUAUCCACUGCAGUUAGCUGCACUGGCAAUAGCAAUAUAAAUUGCCGCAUAAUACCUCAUCCAUCCUAAAGCAGAGUACUUGGAUUGUCAAUAAGAUAGCUCAUUUUGACUCAUCGAGACUCAUGCUUCUAUUUUCAUGGUUGGACUCGAUGACCCAGUGGGUCCCUUCCAACCUAGUCAUUCUAUGAUUCUAUGAUUUUGGGUUUUUUCUCUUUUUUUUUUAAUUUUAAUAAAUGAACUAGUUAUUGCCAGCUAUGCUGUAGAUGCCUGUUGAAGUGCGGACCGUAUCAGUUCUUCUCAAAUAGAAGUAAUUGUCCAUAUAAGGAUAGGACCUGCAGGGUAAGCUAUAUUUGAGUUAGUGUUAUAUAUUUCAAUGUGGGAGAAGAAUCUUGUAUAAUUUAAAGUAAAAAUUAGUAUAACUAACUGAUGGAGACUGGAAAAUAGAGGUCGUGUCCAAAUAAUAAUGCUGCACACUGAUGCCACAGCUUAACAAGUGAAAAUUUACCUGCUAAUUCUGGAUUUGUUGACAUAAGAACUUCAGUAAUUCAUACUAUCAACUUUCGGUGAAUAUACUUGGUCAAUAUACCAGAAAUGAUUGUAACUGAUAGUUUGCAUAAAGUUUUAUUAUAUUUAAAUAAGUAGUUUUGAGGAGGUUGUUAAUUUCAUACAUCCUGUCUUUGCUUAAGUUGUGAACUUAGGUCACUGCUUCCUACUUAUCUGAUUUGAAGCGUGAUUUGACUUUGAAGAUAGCUACUUCCAAGUGAUUUAAGAGUUCCUGAUUUAUAAGAUGUUGAACCUGCUAAGCUGAUGUACUCAUCAGAUAACUUUGUUUGUGCUAAUGAACAAAUGGACCUUUGAGCUAUAGCCUGAAUUAAAAUCGGAAAGAAAUUGUGUCAGUAGCUAAUAUACUGGAUUCCUCUUACCUGAAUUCCUGUUGCUGGUUUUAAGUGAACUGAGAGUUCUUGCCAGCACCAACAAGACAUUUUUAAAACUAGGGCUAAGAGUAGGCACACGCACUAUUACAGACAUGCAUAUAAUACAAAUUCUGACAAAAUUUACAGUCAUUUCAUUAAUGAAUGAACUAAUAGGAUAGCAUGUAAUGUGAAAGAAUGAUGAGACCUCAUAAUCCUACAGGAAAACAAGUCAGCUCUUAGGACUUGCUCCAUUGUCAAAUCCUAUACGUUGCUGCUGUAAGCAAAAUUAUUGUGCUCCAGUGUAAACUCAGCAAGCUCCUGUUCUCUUCCAUCCCCUUUCCACCCCUACUGGAAAUCAUUUCUGUGAAUGAUAAUUACAUCCACUAAGAAGUGUUAGCUGUUUGUGUUAGCUGGCUAAGAAGCUGUGAAGUGAGGUACCUUUCUGCACAGUGGCCUGGAGGUCUUCCCAGGGCUGUUCUGUUAGCGUAUCUUUUGCUCUUGUUGCAGUGUACGUGAUGGAACCUCAUGUCUCGUGUAAUUUGCAUUGAUAAAAUCAUUUAGGGGCUCAGUCAUCCUGGGUCUUUUUCACCCUCUAGCAUUGUUGAAGGCUAAGUCUGUGAACCUGGAAGUUGUGAUGUGUCCUGUUUCUCUUGCUGCAAAUCUGAAGACCAUCAAUUUCUCUCUCCAUUUAUUUAUCUGUAUCAUCAGCAGACUGCUUGGGCCACUGUUAUCAGUUGACCACAGUGUGAGGUCCUUUACCUCAUUUUUAAAGAGCUUGAGCAUUCUGGUCUCCUCUGAAGCCAUUUUUUCCUCCAGAAUAGAUUACCAUCAGAUUGUUGAGUUGAAUACCCACUAUUUGCAUGGCUUCCAAACCACAGGAGACAUCGGCAAUACGGGAUGUGAAUUUGAUAAGAUUUCCUAAAGACAAAUAUGAAUUAACUGCACCUAUGUGUACAGCUUGUCAUCCCAUAACUGCACAGUGGGGCAACAUUCCCGUGUGCCCAUAACUAUUAUCUUAAUAGAGCAGGAGAAAAGGAAGCCAUGAAACUUAGUGUGCAGACAAUAGUUAACGAUACAGAUAGAAUUCUUAAGUUGAUUUCAGGAGGAAAUUAAUACUUCCUAUCUUCUACUCUAAAAACUCCUUUGACCUGAGUUAUUUUCCAAGUCAGCUUACGAAAAACAUGUCUGAUGCCUCAAGUAUGGAUGUUGAUGUAAACUAAAGCUUUGGGAACAACAGCUUGUACACCCAGCAUUCUUGUGGUAUCGUCAUUCCACAAGUUUUCUGCAGCUAUUUUGAAAAUCACUACAGCAGUCAACUUUAAUGUUAUCUUGGCCAAGUAAUGAAAACAAACAGUAAAAAUAAAUUUGGGACACAGAAAUGUGGUUGUUUCUCAAACUUCAGAAACUUUGUACCUGACUUCAAAAUUGGUUCACCUAUAGCCAGCUCUGCUGGGUUUAGUUCUCUAAAAUCCAAUCUACACCAGUUUCAAAAUUGCUUUAGCUAAGCCAGCUUUGAAGUGUUUAUAAAAACUUCUGCUAUGUAGACAGGCCACAAUUGCAAUGUAACUCAGAGUGAGAUGAGGAACAUUAUAGAAAGUAAGCGCAGAGCUGUUGAAAAGAAACACAUUCUCUAAAGGAGAAGUAUAUGUGUCUUUCUUACACUAUUUGUAAUUACUAGAGCAUAAAGUGUCAAAGCAACAAGCUAUUUUUUUCUGUUUCUGUAUUCCUCUGAAUAAAAAAAAUAAAAUUUGGUUAAAAUAAAUUUUAACGUGAGGCCUUAAGACCUUAUAUAUUCUAACUUUGGCAUGGAGAGUCUAUUUUUACAACCAUGUUAGAAAUUCUGUAUAUAGGCCUGACUGACCUUGUAAGUAUAGUGGUGCUAGCAGCUAAACAUGCAAUAUUGUAUGGCUCUGUAUAACAGUAAAUGCUGAUUUAUUUUGAUUAUCGGUACAAGAACUCCUGCUCACUGCCUGUGUAGAGAAUUUGCAUAUUUUAUGCUUGGAAAUACAGCCCAGAACAUAUUCAAACUGUGAAUAUAUAACCUGAUUUUUCUUUUCUUAAGGGCAAAGAUAUAUUACAAUAGUAGUGUUUUAUAUAGAAUACAGUACUUAUUUUUAUUGUUGCAUAAAUGCAAAAUAUUUUUUUCAGAAUAGCGAAGCAUUACAUAAUUUUUAAUCCCCUGGAGAAAACACUAUUUAUAGUAUGACCACUUCUUUCAGCAAAGCUUUUGGGGUGGUGUAUAUCAAUUGGCUCUGCCAGCUUCAUUUUGUGCUACUGUUUGUCAUUGGCAUUGCUGUAAACAAAAAAAAGCUAUAUAUUUUUUCACUUAUACUGGCCCUUAUGGGUAAAACAUUUAGAGAGUCAAGGAGAAUCGUGUUUCACCACUGGGGCUGGGCUAGUAUUAGCAAAAACAACUGAUCUCUACCAUAUUGUUGUCUUUGCUAGUUAAAAUCCUUUAAAGAACAUACCUGAUGUAAUAGAAAAAUAAGAUUUCUGACAAAUGCCAAAAUGAAGCAUUGCAAUUUACAACUUUCUAGCUUUGAGUGUGGUAUUUUUGUCAUAACCAUUACAGGCAUUGGGCUGUUGAAGUGAAUGAAUCUGGCUUUCAUGUAGCUACAGAAAAUGUUGCUUUUUAUAAAAUAAAAUCAUUGUAAUUUGGGGUUCUAAAUUCCUGCUCACUUUUAAUAACAGCAUCACAGUAUCCACUUCUAUGAGAUAAUUUAAUACAAAUGCCUGUGGUUUUCAAUGUUACUAACAUAUUGUAACAUCAGUAAAGUGACUUUCAAUGACAAAAACUGUUGUGUGUAUUUUGUUCUCAGAAGUCCUUAACAUCUAGCACUUGCUGUUAUAUAGGUCACCGUAAAAAAAGAUGCUGCAUGUAUGGGGAAAAAAAAGGCUAUUAACUAAUAACCAAAUGCAGAUGCUAUUUUUAACAGAAUACAGAUGUUAUUUUUCGAAUUCCAGGGUUGACAAUAAUCCUGGAAGCUUCUUGACCUUGGUCUUACGGUUCGACUGUUAUCAAAGCAAACCUACAAUUACAGUUCCUUAAGUUUGCAUGUCUGGGGGAAACUUAGAAAUAUUAUCUACGCUCUAAACUAUACUCGAUUGCACAGAAGUCAAAAGCAAUGACUUCUCUUUUGGGAAAGAGAAACCCUUAAUUCUGAGUAACCGGUAACUGUUUCUCCAAAGCAGGUAUCUUAUUCACAUAUCCAGAUUGCUUACUGAAUCUACUCUUAAUGGGGAAGCAACUUUUACCUGGGUUUCAGGUUUUACAUUGCUUUACAGUGGGUAUUUUUAGUUAGAUGACAGCAAAUUCUGUAGGCACUCCUUAGCAAAUUUUUUAGUUUAUAUCAAAAGAUUAUUUAUUCCAUCAGUCCAUGUGAAUACUGUGUAUUUUUGAAAUGCUUAUGGAAAACAAAAAUCAGUGCUUUCUUGGAUAAGGUAAAAUUUGUGCCUGGUUUUGGAGCAGUGUUACUUUUCUCCCUUUAUGUUUACCAGAAGAUCCCUGAAGAAGAACCUACUGGUUCACACUUGUCACACCAUUUUGCUGCUCAGUAACUGGUUGGUGCUAAAAGAGCAAUUCAGCCUGGGGAAAUAAAUUGAAGUAGACUUAAUGUUUGUUAUUGAUACUCUCAUUGGUUCAGACAAGUGCUACGCUUUUACUUUAAAAAAAAAAGAAAAGAUAAAAAGGAAAGUAAGCAAGGUAAGCUAAACACAUUUUUUUUUAAGCCAAGCUUUUAUUUAUAGGUUCAGUUUUACUCCUGCAUAUUAUUUCAUCAAUAAUUCUCAUGAUGUACUGUAAAACUUCAUAUGUGUAUAACAGUGUGGAACUUCUGCCCAGAGAAGCUGUGGAUGCCUCAUCCCUGGAGAUGUCCAAGACCAGGUUGAACGAGGCUAUGAGCAACCUAUCAAGUAGAAAGUGUCCCUGCUUAUGGCAGGGGGGCUGGAACCAGAUGAUCUCUAAGGUAUUUUUCAACCGGGGGUGUCAGGUCAUCUAGGAAGUUACACUUAUAUACAAGAAUAUUAUAUUUGAUAUUCCCUGAUGUUUUCUUUCAUUAUUAGUUUCAGGCCUGUAGUGGAUGGAGAACUGUAAGAGCAAAAGCAAAAUAAAAAAUAAUAAACAGCAGAUUAAGGUAAAACAGCUUUAGUGAAGGAAAAGAGUGGAGAGGGAAAAAAAGCCAUGUAAAGGCAACCACUUUCCACCUCCCACCAGCAGACCACUGUCCCACCAGUCCCCAAGCAACAGCUACUUUGGAGAGACUUAGCCACGCCUACCCCAAAUUUAUUGCUGAGCAUGAUGUUUGGUCCACUCGGGCCAGCCCACCUUCAGCCUCCUCACUGCAGCCACAGAGUGGGAAACAAGAUUUUUGUGUUGAGCAAGCACUGCUCAGCAACAGUUAAAACACUGAUGUGUUAUCAAUCAGUGCAGUUUCAGUCACAAAUCUAAAGCGGAGGACCGUAUGGGCUGCUAUAAAGAUAAACCCGGUAGAAGACCAGAAACACAAUUAAUCAAAAGUAUGAGAGAAAUAUUGUGUGGGUAAUGAGCAUUUUGGUAAAGAUGUCUCAUCCUUUUUAGUGUGAAAUUAACACUGUAAGGCUGAAUACUGUAUGCAAAAUGAUCUAAUCAAAACCCUACAGGAAGAACAGCCUUUGCUUCAUACUCUUUACUUUGUCAGCUGUCACAGCUGUCAAAGUUCUGAACGACAGGAGAACUGAUGGUGGCUACUUCAGUCAGACAAACCUUUACAGACGGUAAUUUUGUUAGAAAUGUUGUCUGUAGCAUUCCAUGUCCUUCCCAGUUUAAGUUGCAACAGGACAGCGUACAAUUGUCAGAAUGUGGAAGUACAAUCAUGUCUGUGCAUUUAAAAUUCCAGGGCAGAAAGAGAACUAGCUCCUGAAAUGAAACUAGAAGCAAUAUGCGAAGUAUUCUGAAUUUAAACAGUAAUACUAGCUGUUUCUUUAGGUGAGACCUGCCAGCUUUGGAGUUAUAGCUCAGAAACCAGAGAUGUGGAUUUCAGUGUCCUUAACAAGCUAGGGUAUAAAUUACCUUCAAGCAAGCAAGAUUUCUGCUCCAAGGAUUAUUUCUAUUGUUUGUGUGGUCAUGUACAUGUAAGUGUCUAGAUACACACAUGCAAGUGUAGUUUUGCUUUCAUUCUGUAGUGCAAGGGCUCCUCCUCAAAAGUGCUCUAAACUACUAAUGUAAGAAACAUACUCAUGUUAACAUUCCCCUGGCAUUCUUUGCAUUUACAAGGCUACCAAAAGAACAUCUAUCACUCUUCUGGUGGUGAGUGAAAUUAAAUAUUUUUUUCCCUUAAACAUUUCAGGCAAAUAAAGACUUUUCUUUCUGUAUCUGCUUUCAUGUAAAUUCUACAACAUUGGCAAUUACUGUCGUGAUCUGAAAUACUAGUAAUAUAGCAAGAAACCCUUGAAUGUUGGUUUGCAUAUAGAGGCAAGCACUACUUGUUAGGGUUUAAGGUGGAGGAGAUAUAAACAUUAACUUACACGUAACUGAAGUCUGACAGCUUAGAAGUUCAUUGUCAAAGGGAUAAAAACACACAGUGGAGUAAUUUUGUAUGUUUAAAUAUGUUUUAUAUAAUGACACAGUGCAAGAUUCUUACUGGUACAAAAGUCCCCUAUACAAGAAAGAGCACACUGCUAGAAGUGUGCAUCCGCAUCCCGGCUUAUGAGAAGUUCUACAAGGUAGCCUUACGCUCCAUGUAUGGAGUCACAGAUUUCAUCCUGAAAAUAGCUAGCAGUCUGAAGAAGCAACCUACACUUACUGAUGUUCUAACAGAGCAGCAUAAAAUUACCAUUCCAAAAGCAA